AUGUUUACUGCAUUAUCAACCGACAUGUUUUUUAUGAGUAGCUGGAAGCACUUACUUAACUUUUAUUCAACAUUUUAUGAAUUUCCUGUUGGUGAAUGUGAAGAAAAUUUUCAUGUCAUGAGAAUUUCUAAUAUUGCUAAUGAAAGAUUCUUUACGACAUUAACUUCUAGACACAUUAAAGUUGAAAAACGCAACUCAUUAGCUUUGCCAAACAAAGAAAUAUGGAAGAAAAAGAAACAUUUUUACUCGCAUGCUUUAUCACAACCAGGAUGGAAAUUUCAAAUUUGGUUAAGACAUUUCCCAACAAAAACAAAGUCAAUAAUAAAUUUGAAAGCUUUCAAAACAAAAAGUUUAAAUUUGACACAAUGUAUCACGUCACAAUGCCUUCAAUUGUGA